AUGUCCUCGCACAAAGAAUACAUCAACGAGUAUAUUGCCUCUUCAGAUCCAACUGUAAGACAAAAUGUCGUCGAUGAACUUGUGAAGUUGAUGCAAAAUAACAAGUUGACACUACUUAACUUUAUCCAUGCCCUACAGAUCUACAUUACCUCGACAAAUGAUACAACUAGGGUGUCAACUUUUUCGUUACUUUCCCAACUUUUAGGAAAGCUUCCAUCAACAAAGCUUUUCCCCAAAGAUAUCGAGGUGCUAAUGGCAUUUCUAUACUCGAAGCUUUUGGACAGACCUGUGGUUAAAUACGUUCUCUCUUCUAUGUACUCUUUGCUGACUAUGAAAUAUUUCAACUAUGAAAACACAGAGGAACUAAUGCAAAAAUUAAUUGAGAACUACAACCCUAAAGAACAUCCUCAGUCAAUUCGUUUACUUGCAUUGAAGAUAGUCAAUUAUCAGAUUGCUUCAAUUCCAGCACAAGUCUAUCCAAAUGAUCUGGCAAUCGACUGUUUUUUACAUGUUUCACAGAACGAAAAGGAUCCAAAUAAUUUGUUUCUUAUCUUCCAAGUUCUACAAAAAAUUUCAAAAACCCUAGACAUUACUAAUCACAUACAACCUUUAUUUGACACAAUGUUUAGAUAUUAUCCUAUAUCUUUCAAGUCUUCCACUGAGGCUCAAGAGAGUCAAGUAAACUCUUUGAAAGAUUCGUUAAACUCAUCUCUAGCCUCAAGCGAUUUGUAUGCCGUGGAACUUUUCCCUAACUUGAUAAGCAAAUACAAUUCUGCAACAUCAUCCCAAGUCAAGCUGGAUAUUCUAACCACUAUUGGAGUUAUUUCAAGUCUCUAUUCCUCUCGUGUGAUUCAAGAAAAUUUCUUGACCUUGUGGAAUACAUUAAAGUACACUAUCAUUAAUCAAGAGCUUGCACAGCUGAUUUCGAUUCCAGCUGUUAUGUCCUAUUACGAAGAAUCAUCAAACGAGUCUGAUCAAAUUUUUCAUUCUUCAUUGAUUGCAAUCAGAUCUCUUUCGACUAAUGUGAGUAACGAUCAGAAACUAUUGGUUUACGACGACUUGUCCAAAAACCUUAUUCUUUCAGAGAGAAAUCGUCGCUUUUUACAAUCAUAUCUAACAUUGGCAAUUAUUUCUUUACCUUCCGAUAAAAAAAAAAGUGAUGAUGAUGAUGAUGAUGAUGAUGAUGUAUUGAGAAAAACUCUCAGUGCCUUAUUUUCUUCAGACCAACCAUUAGAUCAAGUCAGAAACAAAAGAAUGAUACUAGUUGCAUUGUCUUAUUUUUCGUCGGACCCUACGUUUAUAUCUCAGUUGGUUCCUUUCCGUGAUGAAAUUUUGAACAUACUUCAAUCUUCAUUAUCAACGUCUGCAUUGGAAACAACAUUGCGUACACUAGCAGUGCAAUUGACUGCUCACUUAAUUUUAUCUCCUUCCAUUAUUUCCCCUUCUACGGGCAUUGAAUUUGGCUUGUUGGAUGAAGAGCGAUCAGUUUUGAUAGGCAAACUAGGAGAGCUAUUGAUAGAAAAUGGUUUGCUACCAUCCAGAGACUUUAAUGUUGUGAUCGAAAAAGCUUUGUUAAUUGCAUUAUCUAAACUAGCAAAGUCCUCUAGAUGUGAAAACGAUAUUUUGAAUGAAGUGGCCAAUAUCAUAUUGCUGCAAUUCAAUAAUUCUGAAUCAUCUUUACAUGAAAAGUGUGUCUUAUUGAACUAUUUGAUAAAGUUAGCGCAAACCCCUUCUUUGGUCCAGAUAAUUUCCAUUAGACUAGUAAAUCUUUUGCCACAUGAUGGACACGAUUUGAACGAAUUUGAUAUUCCUGUUGAAUUGAUUCUUCAAGCCUUGUUAUCAUUGUUCACCUCUUUACCACUAACUCAUGAUAUGAAUACAAUAACGAAAAAGUUCUUGCCGCUGUUGUCGGCAUAUAUCUUUAAGCCGGAUUCUAAUGUGAACGAAGUUCAACUUACAUAUGUAUGUGAGCUUGUGCGUCGUAUGGUUGCCGGUCUCAGUGGUGAAAUUGCUCUUGCUACAAUACUAGUGCUGUUCCGAGCUUUUAAAACUUUGUUGAAUAUGGAAAAUCUUGAACUUCCAGCUGCUCUCACGUCAUUAGGUGAUCUUGCAACUAUGGAAUCUUACGCGAAAUAUAUCGGAUACCAUCAUCUACCUAUCCUCCUAUCUGCGAUUCAAGGUUUGAAUGUUGAUACUAAUAUCAGCUCAAAAGUUAAUUUUGGAAGUCUUGUAGAGUUGUUGAUCAGUAUCUUGGACAAUCAAAAAGAGAUGACAGAUAUGACACGGCUCCAAAUCUUGGUGGGACUUGGUGUUAUAUUCAACAAGUAUUUAACCUGGAAUGAUUUUACCAAUACUUUUGGUGAGCCAAGACAAUCAAGCAGUCUAUCUUCGGAUAAGCUUGAAAUUAUAAUUUGGUGUUUAUAUGGUUUGGUCCUCAAAUGCAACUCAGAUGCAACGGAAUAUUUUGUUGAGCUGCUAGGUACUUUAAGUUUUGUGCAGGCAUCAAAAGCAAUCAAAAUCAUUUUCACCACGGUUACAGACGUCGCCGAAAAUUCGGGCGAAGGUGACGAAAUUGAUAUCAGCAACGGCUUGGACAUUGAAGCAGAACUCAUCUGUGUAUAUAAGAAGGAAAAAACAGGUUUGAUGAUGGUGAGGAACAAAAAUAAAUAUGCUGUGUCAAAUCUCAUACUGAGAAAUAUGUGGAAACAAAGGAUUUUGGAAGUUAUGCUUGUGAGGAGAACUGAAGACGACUCGAAAAUGAAUGUUAUUCUACCUUUGGUUCUAACCUACCUUCCAGAAGACCUCUAUUCAUCGCAUCUUGGAACAUUAUUACCUAAUCUCAUUGGUACUGUUGAGUCAUCAGAUGAUCAAAAGGUAGUCAUUGCAGUCUUGAAAAUUGUGUCCAAUGUGGUUCUUGAGCAAUCAGGAAGAGAACUUCUUAAACCAUACUUGAAUAGUAUAAUGGAGAUUAUCCUGAAAAACGUUGAGGAUCUCAACAAACAAUGUUCGAAGGGCUUAAAAAAACAAUCACUACGGUGCUUACUUGGAAUGUGCUUAUUUGACUUACCUGCUGUUGUCCCAUACAAGAAGCGGGCUAUAAAGGCUGCACACCUCACUCUCAGUGACAAAAGUCGUAGUGUUCGUCUCUUGGGUGUUUCUGUGAGACAAGCUUGGGAAGACUUGGGCGUUGAUUUAAGUUUAUAG